AUGAUCAAGAUCCUUGCAGCCGCUUUUUCGCUUCUCGCAGCCGGUGGCGUGGCUGCAGUGGCUCAACCCGUCACUAAUGAAAAGCCGACCAGGACGCAGCCGCUCAGCAAACGCGCGACUACAGUAUGCGGCCAGUGGGAUUCUGUCCAGACAGGGGGUUACACUGUGUAUAACAAUCUAUGGGGCAAGGAUUCGGGCACCGGGACGCAAUGUCUGACUGUCGACGGCGUGUCUAAUGGCCUCCUCUCAUGGUCAACCACUUGGUCGUGGAGCGGCGGCCAGUACAACGUCAAGUCGUACCCCAAUGCAGUUAUAUCGGCUCCCGCAGCCAGGUUGUCUGCCAUCUCGUCCAUUCCGACGCGGUGGCAGUGGAGCUACACUGGGAGCAACAUGGUGGCCAACGUCGCAUACGAUCUCUUCACCAACUUGAACUGCGGCACGACGCCAGAGUAUGAGAUCAUGGUGUGGGUUGGGGCAUAUGGCGGCGCCGGCCCCAUUAGCCAGAGCGGGCAGCCUAUCGCCAGCCCCAACAUUGGCGGCGUUACAUGGCGCCUUUACAAAGGCUCACACUCGCAGAUGACCGUCUUCAGCUUUGUCUCGCCCGGUCAGAUCACCAACUACAGCGGUGAUCUCGUCAACUUUGUGAGGUACCUCACCCAGUCACAAGGUAUGCCUGCCUCUCAGUGCCUCUACUCUUCCGGCGCAGGCACCGAGCCCUUCACCGGCAGCAAUGCGCGCUUUACAACCAGCGGAUACAACAUGUCUAUUUCCACGAGCGGCAGCGGUGGCGGUGGAGGAGGAGCGAACCCACCAACUUGUGCUGCUUUGUAUGGUCAAUGUGGAGGUUCGGGCUGGUCGGGGUCGACGUGUUGUGCGCAGGGCACCUGUAAGGCGGCGAACGAGUGGUACUCUCAGUGCUCAUGA